AUGGAAUACAUUUCUAAAUCAAAUAUUGCUAAAAUAGUAGGAAAUACUUUAGUAAAUGCUUCAACGACUGACAGAUGCAAGAAAAUCAUCUCUUGGAGUUGGGAAAUGUUAGGUUCGAUCUUAAUAAUGAUGGGAUCUCCUCUCUCAGUGAAGGGUUUAGAUUCAGAUGAUGAUUGCAAAGAUAAAAUAACUGCAAAAGAGACAGAAAAAGAGUUUACUCUUGUGUUAGACCUCGAUGAAACCUUAAUACGCUCAGAAAUGGAAAGAACUUCAUUUCUGGAUGAAGAAAUCAUUGUGAAAAUAGGGAACACAAUUGAAAAGUAUUAUGUCAAAAUUAGGCCAUUUGCAAGAGAUUUCUUGAAAGCCUUAUCAAAAUAUUUUGAACUGGUUAUUUUUACAGCUGCUCUAAAGGAAUAUGCUGACAAAGUUAUUGAUUAUCUAGAUCCAAGUGGAUUCAUCAAGAGAAGAUUCUACAGAGAUAGUUGUACCAAGAAGGAUGGGGUGUUUUAUAAAGAUUUAACUAAAGUGAAUUCAAAUUUGGAGAAAACCUUUAUUAUUGACAAUUCUUUAUCUGGAAUGUCUUUAAAUCCAUAAAAUGGAUUACUAAUUAAAUCAUGGUACGAUGAUUUGAAGGAUUAAGAACUGAAAAUCUAUGAUGCAAUGUUAAAAAAGAAUGUUAAGCCAAAAGAAAAUAUAGUAUAAUGUAUAAAGUAAAUGAAAAGAAAGUACCCUAAAAAUGUAUUAAAUUGA